CAAACCGAACAGCAGCUGGAGCAGUGGGCGCAAUGGGAGCACUGGGAGCACUGGGAGCUCUGGGAGCCGUGAUGAGGAUGUUACAAUACGCAGGACUUUAUGUUCAACUUCACGCGGCUCUCCACGGCGCACAAGGACAGCUGGAGAACCGGGUCUCUGGAAACGCUCUCUUCACGGAGGCGCCGCGUGACGUCACGACGCAGAGCGGCGAGGACGUGGAGAUGGCGUGCUCCUUCCGAGGGGCGGGCGCUCCCUCCCACCUGCUGGAGAUCCAGUGGUGGUACAUGAAGGACCACAGAGACCGGCAGGAGAAGGCGGAUCCCAUCGCCAUGAACAACGUUGAACCCCUGGAGGAAACCUCCAAAGACGCCACCAAAAUCAGUGUGGUGAAAGUAGCCGGCAGCAACAUCUCCCACAAGCUGCGUCUCUCCAGCGUCACGCCGGCGGACGAGGGCACGUACGAGUGCCGCGUCAUCGACUUCAGCGGCGGCGGCGCGGCGGAGCGGCGGCGGCACCGCGUGCGCGCCCGCCUGCAGGUGGCGCCGGAGUGGAGCUUCACGCCGCAGGAGCCCGGCCGGCGGCCGCAGGGGGGCCCCGAGACGGAGGGCCCCGAGACGGAGGGCCCCGAGACGGAGGGCCCCGAGACGGAGGGCCGGGACCUGAAGAGGAGGGCGGCGGGCGGCACCACCGACUGCACCGGGAGCUGUGGGCUUUAG